AGUUAAAAUACAAUUUUUUUCUCAUAAUUAUCAUUGUAAAUUAUGUUAACUACUUUUGGAAAUUGUAAAGAGUAGUUUAAAGAGCCUUUUACGCAAAUUGUGAACAGUUAAAAUCAUCAGCAGAUCAUUUGACAAAAUAAAUCUAAAUUAAAGGUCCACUACUAACUUUUACCUGCAGAAAAGCAUGUUUGGUUGUGAAAGUGGAAUCUCAUUGGAAAAAAAGGCUUUAUAUCUUAAUUUAAAUGUGUUUUCCUGUAUGCGUUUGUUCCCAGAGUUCACCGUCACUUGUAUGAAUUCAGAGGAAUGUGUGCUACCGUGUCAGUUCCAAUCUGAUGGCAAAGGUGUGAGGAUCAUGUGGCACAAGAAGGAAGCUGUGGUGAGCUGCACGCGCUACGGCAACACCAGUUUUGUCAUUGGCCACGACUCACAGGCCGAUGAGUACAAAGGAAGAACAGGCCUGUACACUGACCAGGUCCUGAAGGGAAACGCUGCGCUGCUGUUGAGAAACGUCACUACACAAGACCAGGGCAACUACGUCUGCAUCACUAUGACCGAACCUCGCACCGAGUCUAGCAUCAUCUCUCUUAUUGUAAAAGGUACAAACUGCUGUGAGGAGGAGUCAUAUUUUUGUCAUGUUUUGGCAACUAAUGAUUAUUUUCAUUAUCAGUUAAUCAUAAACCUCUACAGAGCACCUUUAACAAAGUUCUGUUUCGUAGCUCUGGUCCAAGAGGUUGACAUUGAGUUCAGUGGUGAUUCAGUCACCUGUAGAGCUGAAGGUUUCUACCCUGCUCCGAACCUCACCUGGUCUACAGAUCCUCCGAGUGAUCCUGGACUCCUCAAGGACAAAACAAAGAGCCAGAAAACCCGACUCGGCUUGUAUGACAUCGAGAGUUCACUAAUGCUGAAGGAAAACACUCAGACUUACAUUUGUCAUGUAUCCAGCGACACCAACAAAAAAACAACCUUCCUGAAGCAUGAAGCUUCUAUCCAGGCCUGUCCAGGCCGCGACAUGAUGCUUCCCUGCAGUUUUCCUCACAGUGUCCUUCAAAACUUUAAGCUCACCUGGAGGUUCGGACGCUCAGAUCCAAUCCUCUCGAUCAGCGUCACUAAUCAGAAGUCUCAGGUAAAGGUUUGGGAUCAUUGGAAGCUUCAUGUCCCCAACGACCUUUCAGCAUUGAGAAGCCUGAAGCUGCACAAACUGAAGUCAGAGCACCAAGGAACCUUCAUCUGUGAGGUCAGCACACCUGAGGAGAAGUACAUCACCCAGACUGACGUCACCUUAACUUCAAAGUGUAAAGAGAACAUCUACAUCUCCAUCAUCAUCAUACUAAGUUUCUGCCUGUUUCCGUCCUUUUUUAUGCUGGGGCUCUUUUGCUUCUACAAGAUUAUAAAGAGACAAAGAAUGAGAAGAAGAAGAAGAAGAGAUGAAAACUCUGAGCGUUUGAAUGUCGAAGUGAACCCAGCUGACGGAUAAGAUUUGAUUAAACAGAAAGACGUGUUAUUACAGCAGCAGACAGUAAUAAGGAAAAUUUGAUUUCAAUUUUGAUAAUUAUUAAGAAUUAAUAUUAAAGAAAAAACAUCUUUAUGCAUGAAUCAAACUGUGUCACAUCCACAUCAGUGUGUAAAAUAUGAUUCAUAUGUAAUUUAUGAUCUUCAACAGUUUGUUUCUCUUUCAUUUUUCAACAAUGACACUCAGUUUGAGGACGGUAAACCUGCUGUAACAAAUCAUUUGUGAGACUGUAAAUAUGUAGUGUACAUAUUGUGUUCUUGCUUUGUAUUUAAGUUAACUGUAUUAAUUACAUUUUCUUACUAUUGUUUUAUUCUUGUACACAUUUUAUAAACCUGUUAAAAGUCCUGCACACAGGUUAUUUCAUGUAUUUUGGCUGAUUUGACCUCUUCUCAUGACUGUUUUAUUGACAUCCCCUUUACCCUCCUGUUAGCUUUGUUGCAGCUGUUCUGGUAGAACAAACCACAUCUUGAUCAUUCUUUUAGUGCCUGACGUCAGGUGAUCUCACGUCAUCUCCAGUAUGGCUGCACCACAUUCCACCUGAGCAGAGGUCCAACCAGAAUAACUUAAAGCACCCAUUUGGGUGUGCAGGGCCUUAAAGGAAACUGGAUUAGAAAGUUGUUUUUCCCUUCUUUUUUAUCAACAUGAAAUGGAGAACAAACAAACAAAAAAAACAACAAGAAGCUAUUUGGCUAUUUAGCAAAAGAUAUUUUGCCUCUGUUAUGUUUUUUAACCUGCAGUGAAAAAGAAUGAGCUCUUUUAUUUGUCACUGUGGUUAAAAAUUUCAUCCUGCUCUUUUUUCUAUAAACAUACAUGUGUCAUAACUGUUAAAUGAUCCUGUGACUGUUUA